AUGGCACCCAUCUUCAAACUCCUGACCAUCCUUUCCCUCACCCUCUACACCUCAGCCCAAGGCACGCAAUUCAUCACGGGGGCCUGUACCUCAGACGCGGCCUGCGCAUCCGGCUGCUGCGGCUUCAAAUCCGGCAAAUGCGCCGCCCCCAUUGUAGCCAACGAGCAGGGCCAAGGCUGUGGCUUCGGCGACGCACAACCAAACAACAAUGCUUUGAACGGGGGCAACAAGGCUAUGGGCGACACUGCACCGCAGCCGCAAGCACCCGCAUCCGGACAAAGCAUGGUAGGCGAAGAAGCAGCACCAGCACCAGCACCAGCACCAGCAGCAUCAGCCGCGCCUCAAGCCAAGGGCACACAAUUCAUCACGGGAGCCUGCACCUCGGACGCGGAUUGCGCAUCGGCAUGCUGCGGGUUCAAGAGCGGCAAGUGUGCGGGACCGGUGGUAGCGCAAGAGCGAGACGGCGGGUGUGGAUUUGGGGAUGCGCAGCCGAAUGACGAUGCGGCUAGGGCGUUGCAAGGGAGGAGCUUGGGACGGAGGGGUCCUGGGUUCAUGUAAGCAAUCAAGUAGUAUAUCCAUCUAAACGUGAGAAGAAAACAAAUGCAUGAAUGAAAAAAAUAAAUAAAUGAGUAUGGGGAGUUUUGACGGUGAUGAUGAGGGUACGAGUAAAGAAUGAGCAGUAGUAGUAUGUGG